GCCUGGAGGUUGGAGUGAGACGGAAACGGAGGGGAAGCCGGGGCGGGCGGCUUAGUGGUUACAGGAGAGUGCGGUGCCGAAAGGCCUGCAUACUGACGGGAUGGUGGAGAAGGCCGGCUGCGGGAGAGAGUCUAUGCCCUCACUAAUGCCAAGUGGAUUAAAUCCUGCCCUCUCGGGCAGCUCACAAAUGCAUGCCAAGCAGGGCAUGAAAUUAGAGGCUGUGAUGGAGCAACUGCAGAGGCAACAAAAGCAAGCUGCCCGCAGCAUGGAGGAGCGGGAGAGACAGAUAAGAGAAACACAACUGCUGUAUGCCCAGCAGCUGGCAUCACAGCAUAUGAUUAAAUCAGCACCUGGUCCUGCUAAUUUGUCAGCUGCUAAGGCCCGCCCGCCCAUGGCACCUCCACAUGCGGCUAGUGAUCCAGAUGAAGACGAGGACAUGGAAGAUGACGAUGAAAGUGAUGGAGACUCAUAUGAGGAAGAUGGUGAUCGCAGGGAAGGUCAGUCAUCCACGUUGGCGCAGAAGUAUCUACAGGCUCAGAGGGAGCAGCAGGGAAUAGUCACUCCUAAUCCACAAGGGAACCUUGGUCAGCGACAUAUUGCGGUGAAAGAGGAGCCCCAAGAUGAAAACAGUAAUCCUUCACCCUCCAAACAUCCAAAGCAAAAUAUGGAGGAGCACAUUAAGACGGAGAACACCUCUUGGUCUGAACAUGGGGAUGGACAUAACAGAGAAGCAUCUCGGGACUUUGCCAAGCUUUAUGAGCUUGACAGUGAUCCAAAACGGAAAGAAUUUCUCGAUGAUCUCUUUGUGUUCAUGCAAAAGAAAGGCACCCCAAUCAGUCGUAUACCCAUAAUGGCCAAGCAGCUGUUGGACCUGUAUAUGCUGUACAAGCUUGUAACUGAAAAGGGAGGUCUUGUGGAGGUCAUCAAUAAGAAAAUCUGGAGAGAGAUCACCAAGGGACUGAACUUGCCCACCUCCAUUACCAGUGCUGCCUUCACCUUGCGUACACAAUACAUGAAGUAUCUUUACCUCUAUGAGUGUGAGAAGAAAUCGCUCAGCUCUCCAGCAGAGCUGCAAGCUGCGAUAGAUGGAAACCGAAGAGAAGGCAGACGUCCCAGCUAUGGCACUACCUCUUUUAACUACUCCCCAACUCCAGCAGGGCCCACCGCUCUCUUUGGAGCUCAGAAACUUCCUCUGUCCUUGCUUGGCGUGCACCCAUCAUCUCGCAUGUCACCAGUUACUCCACUGAAGAAAGGGGAUAGCCCUGUAAGCUUGAUGCCAAACCGCUUAUCUAUGGCCCCUGGGUCUUUGAGUGUGCAGCAGACUCCUACAGGAAUGCGGAUCUCCUCAGUGGAACAAGUAAAGGAGAGGCUGGAGUCCGGUGAGCCUCCAGAGAAGCGAGCAUCUCGGACCUUGAUAGAAGAGCAGCAGAGGCUCAUGCAGCAAGCUUUUCAGCACAAUUUACUGAGCAUGGCCAGACAGAUACCAAUGAAACUAAAGAUCAAUGGGAAGGCAGCUCAGGACCGGCAGGACACUUCACUCAACCUGGGCACUGGCAGCAUCAACAUGUCCAUUGAAAUAAAUGGCACAAUGUACACUGGCAUUCUAUAUGCACAGAAGCCUGUUCCUUUAAUUGCUGGUUACACUGGGCAAAGUGGAGGAAGUGGCAGCAGCAAUACCUCUCAAGCGUCUCAGAGCCCCACUUCUUCCAGGGGAACCCCAGGAGCUGAGCCCUCCACCAGCUGGUCCCUCUAAAUAGGAGGGCAUAGGCAUGAUGAUACUACUUACCUCCUCUGCGAGAAAGCGUUACACAACCGUACCUACCUCAGCUUGCAGGAAGACUUCAACUCCGCUUACCUCACCUUGACGAAAGGUUUCACAACCGAAUUUUACCUCAUUCUCUGAAGGCAUUACACAAAUUCAUCUAUGGGCAGGAAGAAUACUAGGCAAAGACUUGGUGAUUAACCUGCCGCUGAGCGUCAGCUCUUGCCUACUGUAUGGCAUUUUGGGAGCAUACGUAUGCAGUAGACCUGCAUUCUCUGUCCCCUCCCCAUGGUUUUUUUUUUUUUAAUGAGAGGUAAACUAUUACCUGCUGUUUCAUCAGUGGCCGCAAACCAUUUCUUGUGCAUUCACCAUGUAAUGUACAUGGGGACGCUGGGGGCGACUGUUAUACUCCUGUCCCCUGUAUAAUUUAAGCACCAGGUUCUCUGUCCCUCAGUGGUUGGUGCACAAUCUAAGUGCUUAAGAAAGUAAGACACUUUGUAGGACAGUUGGCUAACGUGUUGGAUUUUAGCAUAGUUCACUCGUGUUCAAGGAGCAUGUUUUAAGCUAUCCUCUGUCUUUAAGAGUGCUCAUGUUUUAAUACCUGGUAUCCUCUGAUGUGAUGUGGUUUUGGUUUGACGCUCUAUAGCUUCAGUUGCAUCAUGUUCCUUAUGUUACUAGGAAAGAAAAUCACGUAUACAGUCAGGGUCUGUGCAGGAGCUGAAAUUUUAUGACUGAUUAAUAUUCAUAUUUUUAUACUUCUCUCCUGUGUGCGAAACUAGAUUAGAAAUGGCACUAAAUCCUGGAAACGUAAAUCAGCCCAAAUACAUGCUUUCAUUUUUAUAUAUUAAGACCCCUAAGAGAAUGACAUUAGAAAUAUUCAUCACAUUUUACAUGCAAAAAUUGGGCUAAGGCCAACAUGUCAGACAAACGAAUCCUAUAUGGGCAAGGUCAUGUUUUGAUGUUGACCUGCUCUCCUGGUCACACAUUGGGCAUGGGGUCUGGGCAACCUCAAGACCUUUUAAGUGAAGUAAAUAAACCAUUGGAUGAGUAUGCCCAAGAAGAGGUUGCUUACUUUUAAGUUACAUAGUUUAAUGUUCUCACUCUCAGGAAUCCUACUGUAUCAGCUUUAUUUAUGAAUAUCAAUUUAUUUAACAUGUAGAAUACAGUCCACAUUUAUUCAGGAUUAUGAUUUGAUAUCAAAAUGGUCAAUGCAGGAGUUCAAACAGUGUAGAUAAAGUGAUAUGUAGAAGAUGUAAAAAAAAAAAAAAAAAAAAAACUUUGAAAAAGAAAAAAAAACUUUUAGCUUUUUUAUGUGAAAGAUAUAUUUGCUAGAUUUCCAAAAUAUGGGUCCUCCGCGUAUGAUCAGCUUAGUAUGGCAGUUUAGUUUGAAGUUAGUAUUCUGUUGGGUAAGCCGGAUCUAUACACUGCAUGUAUACAAUGCCCAAAUGGU